AUGCCAAAGAGAAAAAGAGCUGUAAAUAAUAGACAACGGCGUGAGCAUGACAGAGCUAGAAAUCGACUGGCGAGACAGAAGUCUGUGACUGAAGAAACUUCACCAGACAAAGUGAAAGAGUUCUCUGUCCAUGGCAGGACGGAGGAUGGAGCUGUCCUAGCUCCUCCCGGUAAUUUUCCGGGGCUUGGUUCGAUGGGGUUUCCACCUAAAGAGGAAAAACCCCUGGCCAGGGUGCAGGCCUCACCUCGAGUGAAAAUGCAUUCACCUGCCCCGAGGUUGCCAUCUCCUCGGGGAAGUCGUCUGUUUGUCCGUAACGAGGACAGGGCACCGUCCCCUGACUCCCCACCGUGGGUUUGUGCUCCACCGAGGGCACCUGGAUUGGACAUGGGGCAUAUGUCUGAUCCAGCAGGUCAGGCGCAGCUGGAUACCUCCAGGGAGGAGGAGACCAGUAGGAUGAUAUCAAAAGAUGAGGGCACUUUAACGGAUACUGAAACGAAAACUGAACGAAUAUCAAAAGGAAAUUUGAAUGAAUACAAUAUAGAAUCUGAAAGAGAAACAAAUAUAAAUGAGAAUGAGAACAAUGAGAAACAUACAAUUUCAGAGAAUGAUGGUGAAAAGAAUGUGAACAAUGGAAAUGGUCAGUGUUGGCAGAAAACAUGGAAGAGAAGUAAAUAUGACAUACAUUACUCAGUACAGGGUUCAUUUCAUCAAGCUCACCCUAUAUUUGAAGAGAAUGCUGGGACACAAUGUGUUGCUAAUUGUUUAGCAGGAUUAGCUUAUCACAAACUUAAGAAUGCAAAGAGCUGGACAACAAGUGAUAUGGAUAGGAUUUUAAUGACAGGUGAUGAAUUGUAUACAUAUCUGCAAAGGAGCUCAUCAAUUAGUGAUAGAUAUUUGCUUGUUGAGGAAUUACCACAACUCUUUGAAUGCUUUAAUCGGUCAUACCAAUUCCAUGCUAAUGAGUCAGUUUCAAGUGUUAUUAUGGCAAAUGAUUGCUUAAACUAUGCCGAGUUUAAUGCAUUACCACUAGACAAUGCACUUCAGGUUGCACUUACAGACACUGAUGGCUGUUUUGUAUGCUUCGGUGGAAAUACUUUGCUAAUAGGAUCUACAGAAAGUGGCUUUUUUGCUUUUGAUUCCCAUUCUAGAUCUUCUGACGGAAUGUUAAGUGUGACUGGAAAGAGUACAAGGAUUUUAUUUCAAAAUCUAAAUGAAGUGUCUUUGUAUCUUAAAAGUCUUGCUCUUUCAAUGGGACAUUCAGAGGGUGUUGAAUGUAAUUUGAGUGGCGUAUUCUGCAAAAUGGAUUCUAUUUCAAAUGUCAGUACUUUGCUGGAGGAGGAAGAGGAUUCCAGAAAAUUGCCAAAAAGUUCAGAGCUAUUGGUGGAAACUACUGUUGAAUCCUAUGAAAAGAAUGAUGAUGUGAUCUUUGUUGGUCAUGAACAAUUGCAGUAUAGUUAUAUCCCACUUACCAAUGAUAUGAAAAAACACAUGUGUCAGGAGUUGAACAUUCCCUUCAUUUGCAGACAAAAUAUUGGCGAGGUCCAGUGUUAUAGAACUAAUAUCACAGAACCUAGGGUUGAAAAAGAAAUUAUAGGGGAUGGAAACUGCUUUUUUAGAGCUGUUUCAUACAGUCUUACAAACUCAGAGGAUUUCCAUGAUAUAAUGCGCAUAGCGGUCUGUGAACAUAUGAUGGGAAACAAAGAAUUAUUUAAACCAUUCCUAAAAGAUGGUAUACAAUCUGUUGAAAGUCACAUGUCCUCUACUCAAAUGUCACAAGAAGGAACAUGGGCUACUGAGGUUGAAAUAUUUGCAACAGCUCAUUUACUAAACAUUGAUUUAUAUACAUACUCAGGAGGGUGUUGGUUAAGGUUUUCAGUUGCUGAGGUGGAUCCUUGUAGGCAAAGUAGAACUGGAGCGAUUUAUCUGAACCACGACCAACAGAACCAUUACAACGUAGUUCUUUCUGUAAAUGGAGAGGAAUCGAACUUACAACCUAUGAAACAGGAUAAAAUUCCACAGGAUUAUCAAAAGCGAUACCGAAACAGAACGCGUAUGCAGGACAGCAGGCAAGCUAACCCAACAGUACAAAAAAUAUCAAGUGCAUCAGAGAAACGGAGACAGUCUUUGAGGAGAAGGUACCAGGAAGAUGUACAAUUUAGAGAGAAGAAACUGAAAUCAGCUUUUCAAAGGUACAUAAAUGAUGCAGAAUUCCAAGCUAAUGUAAAACAAGUUAGCAAAACAAAGUAUUGUAAUGAUUCUGAGUACCACAGUAAAACUAAAAUGAGAAGCAAAAAGAGGAGUUUUGAAAGGUAUUUAACAGACAAAGAGCAUAGAGAUUGUGUCAAAAAGAGAAGUAUUGAGAGGUAUGCAGUAAAUGAGCAACAUAGGGAAGAUGUUAUAAAAAGGAGUACUGAGAAAUAUGCAACAGAUCAGCAGCAUAGGGAAGAAGUAAAAAUGAGAAGUAUUCAGAAAUAUAAAAGUAAUGUUGAACACAGAGAAGGUGUAAAAGCAAAAAGCAGACAGAAGUACAAAUCAGAUGAAAUGUACAGAAAUCUUGUAAAUACUGCAAGUACAAAGAGGUACAAAGAAAAUAAAAAAUUCCGGGAAAGAAAACUUCAUGCUGCAGCUGAGAAUUAUAAAAGUGAUGAAUGUUUCAGAUUGAAACGAAAAGCUUUCAGUAAAAAGCAAUAUGAGUCCAGUGUGGUAACAAAAAUGCAAAAAAAGGGAAGGGUUAAAAGUCGGAGAAUUGCUCAACGAGCUAAACUAGAAAAUCAGGAAGAGGUAGUGAGAGUGUUUAAAGGAAAAGCUAUGCAGGGUAUAGAUUAUUCAUGCUGUUGCUGUGAUCGUCUCUUUUUUCAAAACCAAGUUCAAAAAUGCGAAAGAAAAACAUAUGCCAAGAAUGAGGAGGCAGCAAAUAUUGCAGACUUGUGCAUUCAGGAAAAGUUUUGUCACCAGUGCUCAGAGUCAUGUACCGAGAACUGCGCUAAAUCAAAGUUAUGGAUUUGUUUUACUUGUCACAGGAAAAUCAUGAGGGGUUCUCUUCCAGCAGAAGCAGCAUAUAACAAAAUGGCCCUUGAAGAUAUUCCAGAGGAAUUGAAAGAACUAAACAGCCUUGAGAAACACUUGAUUGCAAUGCACAUACCUUUUAUGAAAGUCAUGGCUCUUCCUCAUGGAGGUCAAAAAAAUAUCCACGGGCCAGUUGUAUGUGUACCAUCAGAUCUGAAGAAAGUUACAAGUUUGCCAAUGAAACCUGGAGAGGAUCUUCUGCUUAGAGUGAAACUGAAGAGAAAGUUGAAUUAUAAAGGGUACGUCGAAUACCAGUUUGUUGAUUCAAAGCACAUAUUCGAUGCAUUAAAUUUUUUAAAACAAAACAAUCAAUGGUACGAAGACAUAGCUAUAGAUGCGAACUGGAAAGGAAAUUUGAACGAUUUUCAGGAAACGUCAGAUAGUUGUACUCUGUUAUCAGAUGAUGAUGAUCAGCAGCACAUUGCAACAGAUACUUGUUUACAGCCUGUUGAUAUUGCUCAGGAGGUUCUUGAUCAUUACUUUGAUGAUAUUUAUGAUAUUGCUCCAGGAGAAGGAAAUAAUCCAGUAAGGAUGUUACAGGAAGAAGGAAAUGAAGCUAAAACAUUUCCAUACCUUUUUCCAAGUGGACGUUUUUCAUGGAAUGACAAUAGAGAAACACGAAUAACACUGUCGAGAUACUUCAACAACCGUCUCAUGAAUACUGACGGAAGAUUUGCUCGAGACAGUAAUUAUAUUUUUUUCAGUCAGUUUUUGUCUGAUUUAAACCAGGUCAUAGAGAAGACACAGAUAUCAAUUAGAAAAUCAGUCAGAAAAAUAGGAAGUGACCAGUUUCUGACAUCAGAUAUGGUACAAAAUCCUGAAGUACUUUCGAAGUUAAUGAAAAAUGAUGAGGCUUUGCGAUUCAUGCAGCCUAUACGUGGAACUCCAGCAUAUUGGUCAGCAGCUCAAAAGGAUCUUUUUGCUAUGCUUAGGCAGUUAGGAAUACCUACUUGGUUUUGCUCAUUUUCUGCUGCAGAGCAUAGGUGGAAUGAUGCAGUUGCCACGAUAUUGCGACAACAAUGUGAUAGCAGAGAUCCCUGUUCGAUGGAUUGGUCAGAAAAGAAUGAGGUGUUGAGAAGCAAUCCUGUCACAGUUGCUAGGAUGUUUGAGCACAGAUUUCAUGUUUUUCAGACAGAAGUGAUAUUUUCACCAUUAGAACCAAUUGGAAAAGUCUCAGAUUUUUUCCAAAGAGUAGAAUUCCAGCAGAGAGGUACAGCAGCACAGCAGAAAACACUCAAAGUCAUGCAGAAAGAAGGGCACAGAUUUAACUUUCCCAGACCACCUUCUGUAUGUACAUUCAUAAAUUCUCCUGUCGAGGAAGAGAGCUUAGAGAAUGCUACAGAAGCUACUGAUUUGAAGCAUGAACGCUCAAUUUCUAAAGAAUUACUACUAAGAGUCUGGAAUGAGGUGCAAGAUGAAGUAAAUGAAUCACACACUACAGAAGAGAUUUUUGAGUAUCUGGGUUUGACACAAGAGCAGUAUGAGGAUGCACACAAAAGAUUAGCAAAGAAGAGAACAGUUAUUCUAGAAAGAAACCCAUGCGAGCUCUGGAUCAAUCAGUAUAAUCCAUGUCUUUUGAAAUGCUGGGAUGCCAAUAUGGACAUUCAAUUUGUUUUAGAUCCAUUUAGCUGCAUUGUCUACAUAAUUUCGUACAUUUCAAAAUCGGAGAGGGAAAUGGGAAUGGUGUUGAAACAAACCAAAAUAGAGGCAGAAGAAGGAAAUGAAAGUGCACGAACAACUUUAAAGAAAAUUGGUUCUGCCUAUUUAAAUCAUAGGGAAGUGAGCGCACAGGAAGCUGUUUAUCGUGUAUGCAACUUGAAAAUGAAAGAAUGUUCGAGGAAAGUAGUGUUUGUACCAGUGGGUGAAAAUCCUACUCGACUAACUAAACCAUUGUCACAGCUGAAAAGAAAACAUAAUCUUGGGGACAAUGAACAUGAUGAGAAUAACGACGAUGAAGAUGACAUUUGGAUGACAAAUAUAGUAGAAAGAUAUGCAAAUCGACCAAAUAAACCUUUGUUUCAGAAUAUGUGUUUGGCAGAGUUUUGCUCAGAAUUCAGAGUACUUGCUAAAUCACAGGUUCCAAAGAGUUUUAACGAAAAUGUUUUUGAACUCCAAAAUAAUAAGGGGUUUAUCCAAAGAAGAACACGCACAAAGUCAGCUGUGAUAAGAUAUCCCAGAUUCAGUGCAGAAAAAAUGUCAGAAAAGUAUUACCAAAGCCUUCUUCAGUUGUUCUUGCCGUACUGGACAGAACCUCAAUUAAAACCUCAAGGAUUUGAUCUGUAUGAAACAUUUUAUGAAAAUGGACAUGUCCGAAUCACGGGAAAGAAGAGUGUGCAAUCAGUCAAAUCAAUUGUUGACACAAAUCGAUUGCGUUAUGCUCAAAAUGAAGAACUAAUUGCAGAGGCACAAGAGAUUUUCGAAAACAUCGGAGAACCAGAGGAUGCUUGGGCAAACCUUUGUCCUGAGACAGAACUAAUGAGAGAGGAAUGUUCUUAUGAGAGAAAUGAAAGUUUGGAUCUGAAUGUGACAGAAGAUUUGCCAGACAUGCAAACAGGAAUAAAUUCUGAUGUUCUUUUCAAAGUACAACACAAUACACAGUCAAAGGAGAAGGCAUUACAAAUCCUACAGAAUUUAAACGAGACUCAAACAAAAGUGUUUUACUUAGUUCGGGAGUGGUGUUUCAAAAAACAUUUUGGAGAAAAAACUAACCCCCUGCACAUAUUUAUAACUGGUGGAGCAGGAACAGGUAAAAGUCAUCUGAUCAAAGCUAUCCAUUUUGAGGCAUCGAGAAUUCGCGGAAAGAAUUUGACAUCUCCAGACAGUGUAUCAGUACUACUUGCUGCUUUUACUGGAACAGCUGCUUUCAAUAUCGGGGGUAAUACUAUCCAUCAUUUAUUUUCACUGCCCAAAUAUAUGUCUUUGCCAUAUGAACCAUUGAGAGAACAGACUCUAAGUGAAAUGAGAGUACAACUUGGAGACCUGCAAAUUCUGGUUAUCGAUGAAAUUUCAAUGGUUUUCAAAAGGCUAUUGUACUAUAUUCAUGAAAGGCUUGUACAGAUUAAGAAGUGCAGGGAACCAUUUGGAGGAGUUUCAGUGAUAGCUGUUGGAGAUUUCUACCAGCUUCCUCCAGUGAAACAGCGUAAAGAUGAAAGGCUGUAUAAAGAAAAUGCUGUCUACCCUGUUGAUCACUGGCUUGACUUUUUCAAAGUGGUGGAGUUGUCUGAAAUUAUGCGGCAACGUGAAGACAUCCCAUUUGCAACGGCAUUGAAUUCACUUCGAUGUAGAGAAGUAAAAGAACCACUGGAAUAUGAUACAAAUUCUAUAUUGAAAGAAUGUGUAAGGGAGGGGCCAGAUGAUGUUCUUCACGUCUACGCAACAAAUGAUGAAGUCAAUGCCUAUAACUUGAUAAUGCUCAGGGGAACAUGUGAAGACAUUGUUGAGAUUGACGCGCAAGACUUUACCAAAGAUAGAUCAUCAGGCAAGCUAAUCUUAAGAAGCAAGCCUUUGACAAGGUCUAGAACAGACAAUCUUUCUAGCAGUCUGUUAAUGGGAGUUGGAGCAAGGGUCAUGCUUACAAGAAACUGCAAUGUAGAAGACGGACUAGUAAAUGGAGUUAUGGGACAUGUAACGCAUUUUGUACAAGGUCAAAUACAUGGUGUCAAAACUGUUAUUGCAGUAGGUGUAAUAUUUGACAAUAUAAAUGUUGGGAUGAAAUCCGGAAAUAAAACAAGAAAUGGAAACAUUGUUCUGGUUGAAAGAGUUCAAGAGGAGAUACUAGAACAGAAAACAAAAAAUGUUGUCCGACAUCAAUUUCCAUUACGAUUGUCUUGGGCGUGCACAGCUCACAAAGUACAAGGCAUGACAGUUGACAAGGUUGUCGUUAAUUUAGAUCGGACAUUUUCUCCUGGACAAGGAUACGUAGCGUUAAGCAGAGUUACGUCAAAACAGGGUUUAUUUAUCGAAACAAAUGACAUUGGGUCGUUACAGAAAAAGAUAUAUGCUGACCCAGAAGUCAAAUCAGCUUUGCAAGGAAUGCCAAAAUUGAUCCUACCAAACUUUGAUGCAUCAAAACAUGGCAUUACAAUUUAUCUGCAUAACAUUCAGAGUCUCAAUAAACAUUUUGAAGAUCUGAAAAACGAUAUUCGCUGUAGGAAUGCAGACAUCAUUUGCUUGACAGAGACUUGGUUGAGAUCUGGGCAAAAUGUUAGUUCAUUAGAAUUAAACGGUUUCUAUUUUCACCAAGCAACAAGAGGAGAUGUAUAUGAUGAGUGCAAUGCUCAAGUGUCAAAGCUGCGUACAUCAAAGGGCGGAGGUGUUGCAGUUUACAUCAAAGAAACUGGAGAGGAAAAAAUUGUUUCUUCACUUCCUGUAAAGAAUGUUGAGGGCAUCUGUGUGAAAUGUGUUUCACAAGACAUAGUUGUUUUAACUAUUUAUCGCCCAAUCUCUUUAGAUGUUUCCCAGUUCUUAUUACAAUUCGAAAAGGUGAUGUCUUAUUACAGAUCACAAAGUCAGUUCUGUGUUUGUCUGGGAGAUUUCAAUGAAGAUGCAAAAUCUGCAGGGACUAUACAAACUUUUAUGACCAAUCAAGGUUUAAAACAAAUGGUUGAUUUUAAUACAACAGAAGGAGCGACAAUACUUGAUCAUGUGUAUUUAUCAACAUCCUUACAUGCAGAAGUGAAAAAAAUAUCAACAUACUACAGUUAUCACGAUGCCUUGAUGGUUACCAUCAUAUCAGACACAGAAAAUAUUAAUUGA